AUGCAAGAGAUGAAGUCUUCCUCUCCUCCCGGGAUACCAUCAAGCCUUGAUGAUUCCAAACCCAAUGUCGACCCCAAGGUCCAGCCUGCUACUCCUGCCAGGAAGCUCAAGACCAAGAACCCAACCCAAGUUGCACAGCGCACUCCGCUCAAUGCUUCCGAGGUACUCGUGUCUACGAAACGCGCGCUUCCAUGGGUAGAAACGCCUACCAAAGAGUUUUUGCUAAGAGACUCACGCAAUGAAAAGCAAAUGCGAGUAAAUAUCAACGAACCUGGCAUGCUUUGGUUGGCUAAUCUUGCUUUUAGCAUGAAUAUCAUUUCACACGAUAUCGGCGGAACCAAGGAUGUCCCGGAGAUCUCAUUUGAUGUUGUUGGAUCUACUGGCAGUAUCUACAAGACGGUCAUUGGCAAAGUCCCUAGAUGUGAGUGUCCUGACUACAGGUUCCGGAAGGCGCAGUUCCUAUCGGCGAUGGAUGUCCCUGGGAAACUGAGGUACCAGCGGUCAUUUUUGCCAUCCGUGAGUAUUGCAAGCCCCAAUCAAGCAUCACUUUGUCUAUACAUAUACCUGACCCAAUUGCACUUUAUUAAGGAACUACGCGAGAUGAUUGCUUCAUCGUCCUUGGAUCGAAUCGUGGAAACUUCUGGCAUUAUUUCCACCGGUAGAAGCAAGCCUAUCGAGGGUGAAUGCCCAAUUUGCUUCAAUGACUUCAACAGCAACCAAGAAACUAUGUGUUGUCAGGUAUGCGACAACCAUGUUCAUGAGGCUUGCUUUAAGAAUUGGAAGGCCACUGCGCUUGGGGCUAAGGAUGUUGUCCGUUGUCUCUUCUGCUACCCUCAUAUAGCAAAGCCUCAUGGAAAAGCGAUGAAUGAGACACUUAUCUCACCGGAGAGGCCGUCUGAAGCGGGUGCUCUAGCCCAGAGGAUAGGUCAACGUGCACGACAAAUAUUCCUAGAUGACGUGGCUAAUUUGAAAAUGUGGAGUUUGGUGCUGGGAUGGGGUGGACUUAUUAUGCUGGAUACUCCCAAAUGA